UUGUGGAGGGGUUGGCUUGUGGUGACGUCAGAGAAGCCCAAUGUCCGCUUCUGAGCGGUUACACGUUGAUAUAUAAAGAAGCAGUUACACGUUGAUAUUGUAUAAGGGUAGAAGGGAAGGUAGCCCUAGGCAGGACGUAGGGUAAUACCAUAAUAUUUUAAAGAUCAUUGUUGUGUAUUUCCUGGAGACGGUUUUUGAUAAUUCUGCCAGCAUCAGGCUAAUGGAAGGAGCUGCAAGAAAAAGGAGGACAAGGGCUCCAACAAAAGGUUACUGAUUUUAAAUCACCGGUUUGCUUUCCAGUAACACUAGUCUGUCAGCCCCCAAGAGACCCAGCAGGCUUGAGCAGGGAGCAUCAACAGUUUGGAGGGGUAAAGUCCAGUCUGGCAAUGUGUUCUACACCAUUUAUGCUUAAAGUACAAUCUGUGCACACUUCAGGCCCGCUCAGGUGGAGUCAUGACCCAUCGGCCUGGCCAUGGCAGUACCCAGCUGACCCUGAACUGGACCCUGCUGCUCUGUGUGCUGCUGGCGACAGGGGGCGUAGGGGCCACUGUGGUCCCCUCUCCUUCUGAUUUCCUCCAGGAUCUGCUGUCUCGGUAUGGGGACAACGUCACGCUCUCCGUGCCUCAGCUCAGAGUCCUGCUCAGCCAACUCAAAGUGGGGCUGGGAAACAAUGCUACAGAGCGCACGGGACCCAAAGCCAACAUCUCCAGGUGUCUCUCGUCAGACUCUCUCCUGGCAGCCCACAGCUUGACGGAGGAGUCUCGACUGGACACGCAUGAGCUACAAGUCUUCUGCCCCACCAUUUUGCAGCAGCUGGAGACGGGGGCAUGUGGGGUGAUGGGCCAGGAGGAACAGGCCAAAGAGCCUGCCCAGGAGGGGCCUUCGUCCGCAGAGGUGUGGGGGUUUGGCUUUGUCAGUGUGACUGUGGUGAGUGCCUUCUCCCUGACCGGCGUGUUUGUGGUGCCCUGUAUGAAGACCCGUUUCAUGCGCAGGGUGCUGAUUUAUUUCAUCGCCCUCUCCAUCGGAACACUCUACUCCACUGCUGUCUUCCAACUCAUGCCAGAGGCGUUUGGAUUCAACCCUCUGGAGGAUUACUAUGUGUCCAAGUCGGCUGUGGUGUUUGGCGGCUUCUACCUUUUCUUCUUCACGGAGAAGGUCUUGAAAAUGGUGCUGAAACAGAAGGAUGGGAGAGGCCACGGCCACAGCCACUAUCCCUCCGAGUGCUACGCCUCCAAGUCGGACAUUGAGGAUGGAGUGACGGAGAAGCUGCAGAACGGAGAAGCGGCGCCCACUCACCCAGGAGCUGACAGAGACCAUCAGAACCUCGGCGACCAGGAGAAGGUCCUGACCACGGCCCUCUCAGUGCAGGAAACGCAGAGCGCGCAGGGGGCCUGCUACUGGCUGAAGGGAACCCGAUACUCCGACAUCGGCACUCUGGCCUGGAUGAUAACUCUGAGUGACGGCCUGCACAAUUUCAUCGACGGCCUGGCCAUCGGCGCUUCCUUCACGGUGUCCGUCUUCCAGGGCAUCAGCACCUCCGUGGCGAUCCUGUGUGAAGAGUUCCCACACGAGCUCGGUGACUUUGUGAUUCUGCUCAACGCAGGGAUGAGCAUCCAACAAGCACUCUUCUUUAACUUCAUCUCUGCCUGCUGCUGUUACCUGGGUAUGGGCUUUGGGAUUCUGGCUGGCAGUCACUUCUCUGCCAACUGGAUCUUUGCCCUAGCAGGUGGCAUGUUCCUGUACAUUGCCCUGGCAGACAUGUUCCCAGAGAUGAAUGAAGUCAGUAAAGAGGAGGAGGGUGGAGAUGGGAGCUCGCUGGUGACCUUCGCUAUCCAGAAUGCUGGACUGCUGACGGGCUUCACCAUCAUGCUGCUGCUCACCAUGUAUUCGGGGCAGAUCCAGCUGGGAUAGGCCCAACCUCGGCCUCUCUGUUUCUGGGACACUCCACACAGCUGGCUCCUCUGCUGUACCCCAGUCCUCGAGGCCUUUUCCUCCUUCAGGAGGUCUUCGCUCUUCAUUAUUCCUUCAACAUUACAACAGACUCCUCUAGGAGGAUUGGAUUUGUUUCUGUCGCUGUAAAGCAUUCCUCCUACUGUAGUUGUGACGAACGAGGACAGAGCUACUGGGUGUGGCUGUCAUCAAGUUCGGUUCGUGAGCCUCAAGGAGGACUAACCCAGGAUACAGCCGAUUUAUUAAAUUAAUUAUCCAAUUUAUUAUUUUUUAGUUAGUGUUUUGUAGAAUUUGAGGUUGUGUAACCAAAACUAUUGCUCCAUUUCCACAAUCAAGAUCUUGAACUGCAUUUGAAACUCUACAGCUCCCACAGCACGCUUUGUGCACGCUGUUUGUUGUUCCAUGUGUGCGGUCUGACAGUGCGGGAUGUCAGCUAGGCCUCAGGAUAGGCAGGGCUGCACAGGCUGCUGUAGUCUUCCAGUCUGAAGGCUCAGCCCUGUGCUCUUCUAGGCUCUUGUCUUAGAAAUAUGAAGCCUAUAUAAGUUCAUUCCAUACCAAAAAUAAACCAGAAUAAUAAAAAAGAUGACUGCAGUUCUUUUAAAAGUAAGAAAGUAGACUUGGAGAUAAAUGGAAAAACUUGAACAAACAAAUACAGUUAUUGCUUGUUUACCAGGAUAAAUAAGCUAAGAGAGACCGUUAUGGUGGGAUCAGAAUAGCCUGACAGGAACAAAUAAAAACAAUAUCUCCAAGACUGCAGACCAAAUAUGGGCUGUUCUGUCAUUUAUUUUAGAGCAGCAUUGUUUAGAAGCUCUUAGCCAUCCAAAUGCUUAUCUGUCUUAGAAACUUGUGGCUUGUGAUAAUUAGUCUCUGCUCAUUUUCGUCUCCUCGGCCAACUGUAAUUGUGGCCCCUAAAGCACACUGACUGCUUGUUCCAAGUGAAUUGUAGUCCUGUUUUGAAGCUGCAUCAGUUCUUAUUAUUAUCUGAUACACUGAGACCAACUAUUAGACCAUUUAAGAAGUUUUAAAAAUAUACAGCCUAGAGAAAAACAGUUAAACUACUCAAAUCUUUUAAAGGGAUAAAAGAUAAAUAAGCUUCUUUGUAAUUUUGGUAUGUCCUUUUCCACAAAUGGGAAACAUGAUAGAUUUAGAUUAUCAUGUGAAAGUUCAGGGCAGGCUUUCUUUUCCUCUUUUAGUUCUGUGAAAAAGACCAAUGGCAUUGUCCAGUCAGGAACUGCACUUUUUGUUUCAAUCAAGUAGGUAUACAAACAUAUUUUAACUCUGUGGGAAAUCGCUUUCUCCGGAACUGUGAUGAAGGCUGGGUUGUUUUAAGCGGUACCAUCCUCAAACUGCUUCUAGCAUCACGUUACUGGGUAAACAUGCUGGGGUGAUUUGAAUUUUGGCUUUUAUUUGCCUUAAGCCAAAGUUAACUCUGAUCCACCACCAAGUAGGUUUUAUUUUCAAGGUUGUCUUUAAACCAACAAUUUCUAAACAAGUCUAACUUUUAGGCAUGUAAAUGUGUGCUUAACUGAGAUAUUAAAUGUACAGGUGCAAUCAGCGAGUAGAAAAUGGCUUUUUUGUGAGAUCAUCUGAUUAACUGAACAAAAUGAUUUAUUUUGUCUUUAGAAACUGUGGGUUUAAGGGCUGACCACAGACCAUAGAUCAUAGGACGUCUGUCACCAAAACAGAUGGCUCAGAGUUGACUGGUGAGAUAUCUGCUCUUGGCAACUACCCCAAUCGAGUAUUUGGAGUCCAGAGUCAAAGAUACUGUCUGAAAUAAUACGAGUUGCUGCUGCUAACCCAGCAGCAUAACUUUGAUUGCAUUACCCAAGUUGGUGGACCACAACUAUCAUAAUGACUUGUGGCAUAUACGUAGAAUGUAUUGCAAAUGAGCGCAGCCCAGCCUUUUUUACCUGUUUUAUUUGGUUGUGUUAAAAUGAUGGAUGGAGUCAACUACUCAACUGUUAUCAAAUGGAGGAUAUUUUUUAAUAGAUUUUAUAUUAUGGUGUGUAUUAGUAAUCAGUGUUGAAGAAAAAAAUAAAUAUAAAAUAAGACAUUUUAGGUAAAAUGAGCAAAUAUAUAAUGAAAAUAUGCAAGUUUGGUGGUCACGAAAGCCCUUAUAUUUUGAUGCUCUAAUUUGCUCAGAUGUUUUUUCAGGAUGGAAAGAACGAAUAAAUAGGUUGCACAAUGUAAGUCCCGUCAUGGGAAAUUUUUAUAUUUGACAGCAAUGCUGUCAUCGUUCUCUGCAUAUUUACUUCAUCAGGGUAACUUUAUUCAUUGAUGUCUGAAAUAAACUAGUCUGCUUCUUUUUAUGAUUAGUAUUUUGGUUGUUGGGUGCUAGUUACUUUCCAAAAGCUGGGUCACUGUAGUUCAAAAAUGAUCUUUGUAUUGAAACUUGAAUACUAAUUGUUAUUGGUAUAAUGGAGAAGCCUUGUACAGCUUGUGCUCAAAGGGUGGUUUUAUUGUUGUUUCAUCAGAAAUAUCGAUAUUCUUUUUGAGUUCUCAUGAGAAAAAAAUCAAAUUGCUUUCCACCAGUCUUUCAUUACUAAUGCUGGGCAGUGGUGAAAAACUUGGUGUGUUGGUGUCUUACCCAUUGUAAGGCAGACAAGAUGCCAUUAGAAGGUUUGGGGAUGCUUAUGAACAUUUUUGGGCCAUUUUGAGUUUCCCUUUCACCUUUUUUUUUCUGGGUCAGUAGGCCGGGAACAUUCCAGAAACAUAAUUCAAUACGAGCCGUGCAUUUGGUAUGUGCUGUCAUCCUCCAUGUAGUUCGGUGUGUCUUUGGGUAGCAUCAUUUUGUGCACAGACUGAAAUGAAAUCUCAAUAACUUGUGCAAUAAAAGAAUUUCACGUUAACAAGCCGGGUGCAGUAAAUGAAUUGCUGAAUUAACAGUUGCAGUUUGCUUUUCCUAACCCUCUUUCUACUAACUCAGAUUCAGUAAUGAGAGGAUUUAUGAUACUCUUGGACGAGUAAACGGGUCCCUUUUCAUUGGUCAGCUUUUUCAGACCUGUUCAGGAAGGGAGGGCUCACUGUCCUGUAAAUGAAGAUUUGAAACACCGUGUAUUGUGAAGAUUUUAAUAUUUAAAUAUGGAGACCUUUCCAAUCCUUUUUGACUAACUUGGGACUCGGCAGCAUUAGAUGAGGACAAAAACAGCUCUGUAGGUCCUUCGCUUCCUCUGUAACUAAAGACAUGUAAGCUGGUGAUUUAGAUCAAUUAAGUGAGUGUGAUUCAGUGAGGUCAUCGAAAGCUUGGCUAGGGUAAAAAGACCCUAUGUGUUUCCUAGACCACACGGGAGUAUCACUGCUGUUUCACCUGCAUUCUGUCAGAAAAAGAUGUCUGCCACGCUUCAGCACUUUUCCUCAAAAACGUAUCUGUUAUGAGAAUUUUUUUAGGAAGGAAAUAUGAUAUGUUAUCCAAAACAUUGUGCUUGGUCUAUGUAGUUCUAUGUAGUUCAAGUAGGUAGCUGUGUCAGCAUGCGUAGGCUGCAAAGGAAUAGUUCAUGUUUAUUCCAUGAUGAAAAGAGAAGAAAGGAAACACGCAACGUUACAGCAAAAUAUUGCAAGAUCUUUAGAAAAUAUUACUUCAAAAAAUGAUGUUCCUAAACUGACCACAAGAGGGUGGUAAUCUGAAAAAAAGGAGAGCAGUUUAAAUGCACAGGUUGAAAAGUGUUAUUAUCUUGAACCAGAGCCAAAUGCUGACUGAUUUAACUGAUUUUACUUUUGCUUGUUUCCUUGGCUCACAUUUUGAUAAGGGGCAACAUUAUGAUGGGAUUACAGAAACUGCCAGUAAAACUUUCUUCUGGUAGUCUGGUUCUUGGGUGUUAGGUGUGGGAGACCUUGUAAUAUAGAGCAGCCGUAUCCCUGUUGAUCAUCACAAUGGCGUGAAGUGUGAUUAAGAAAUUGAAAAUGUGCAACAAUGUCAUCUAUCCAUUGGUGUUAUUUGUUGCCUUUCUAUGUUUACAUGCAAUAUAAUUUACUUUUAUUUAUCCAACCACUGUGACAUAAAGUACAGAUAAAAAUUCACAACUUACUGGUUUUACUUUAGGUUCUUCAACCCACUUACUGUAGGUAACAGUUUACCGAAGUAUUACCCCUUACUAUUGUUUACUGUUGUUGCUAUAUUAAACUGUUUUUUACUAAACCUUCUUGUGUACCUGCUGAGACAGUACUUUAUUAUGCUAUAAUUUGUACUGUAGCUGUUACAAAUAAACCUGCAGAUAUAGGAGCAUUUA